AUGAAAAAGUCGAUGCAUGGUUUGUCCCAUGAAAUGAUAAAAGAAAUCAAUCUGAACUCCCGACAAAAUCCUCACUCUCUCUCUCUCGACGCUGCAAGUCCAAGUACGAUCCCAUCCCGUUCCGGAUCGGCGAUCACACGCGCCCAUCAUCGGCAUACAACUAGUGAAAUAGUAGAGCCGGCAGCGGAGAUGGAGCCGAAGCCGGAGCCGACCAAGUCGGGAGUCGUGUUCGUCAGCGGAGCCAACGGCUUCAUCGGCUCCUGGGUGGUCCGCACCCUCUUGGACGCCGGCUACGCCACCAUCCGCGCCUCCGUGUUCCCUGGCUCCGACGCCUCCCACCUCUUCUCCCUCCCCGGGGCCUCCCCGUCUCGCCUCCUCCUCUUCGAAGCCGACGUCCUCGACGCCGCCGCCGUCGGCCGAGCCGUGGACGGCUGCGAGGGCGUCUUCCACGUGGCGUCCCCCUGCUUCCUCGAGGACCCCGAGGACCCUGAGCGCGAGCUCCUCCUCCCCGCCGUCCAGGGCACCCUGAACGUGCUCGAGGCCGCGAAGCGCUCCGGCGUGAGGCGCGUGGUCCUCACGUCCUCCAUCUCUGCCUUGGUCCCCAACCCCGGUUGGCCUCCUCACAAGCCCUUCGACGAGUCUUCCUGGACCGACCUUGACUACUGCAAGUCUCGCCAGAAAUGGUAUGCGGUGUCGAAAACUCUGGCAGAGAAGGCGGCAUGGGAAUUCGCGGAGAAGCACGGUCUAGAUGUGGUUGCGAUACAUCCGGCCACAUCCCUUGGCCCUCUAUUGCAGCCGGGUCUCAACGCAAGCAGUGCUGUGUUGCUACAGCUGCUUCAGGGAUCGACAGAUACUCAGGAGUUUCACUGGCUCGGGGCUGUCGAUGUUAGAGACGUGGCCAAGGCACAAGUCUCGUUGUACGAGACACCGGCUGCGUCCGGUAGAUAUCUCUGCACAAAUGGUAUCUAUCAGUUCAGUGAUUUUGCUCAAAGGGUCAUGAAGCUCUUCCCCGAGUUUCCUAUCCACAGGUUUACGGGAGAAACCCAUCCGGGUUUGGCAGCUAGCGAAGAUGCAGCAAAGAGAUUGAUCGAUAUGGGAUUUUCCUUCAUCCCUCUUGAAGAUACCAUCGGAGAUGCAGUCGAGAGCCUCAGAGCAAGAGGCUUCUUGCAAGGAUAAUCACAUUAUUAGGGGUUUUCUUCUUUUUUUUUAUCUUGCUAAACUAAACUAGUCGCGUUGUUUCGGUUUUCUCUGUUUGUGUUUUAGUCCCUCGAUCUUUGGUGCAAACGAGUAAAGGUGCUUCCUUAGUCAUAAGUUUAAACUUCUUUGCAAAGUGUAGUCAUUGUUUGACAUCAUCCCCUCUCUCUUGGCUGCACAUGCAAGUGCAACUUAUAUUGUAGCCUUAAAGAAUGGAACUUGUACAGAUAAAGGAUUCUGCAUCUCCAUAUAAUGAAUAUUCAAUAGCAAUUUAACAGGAUCUCUGCUGCUAACAUGUGCCUCCGAAGAAGAACGUAAAGAAAUAAAUUGUCGUUUUAGGGUA